UCGCUAGUUAUGAUGUCACCCUGACCGUCGCUAGUUAUGAUGUCACUCCAACAGUCGCUAGUUAUGAUGGCACCCCGACAGUCGCUAGUUAUGACGUCACCCCGACAGUCGCUAGUUAUGACGUCACCCCGACAGUCGCUAGUUAUGAUGCCACCCCGACAGUCACUAGUUAUGAUGUCGCCACUUAUGAUGUCACCCCAACCGUCGCUAGUUAUGAUGGCACCCCGACAGUCGCUAGUUAUGACGUCACCCCGACAGUCGCUAGUUAUGAUGUUACCCCGACCGCCGCCAGUUAUGAUCUCACCCCAACCGUCGCUAGUUAUGAUGUCACCCCGACCGUCGCUAGUUAUGAUGUCACCCCGACAGUUGCUAGUUAUGAUGUCGCCCCGACAGUCGCUAGUUAUGAUGUCACCCCGACAGUCGCUAGUUAUGAUGUCACCCCGACAGUAGCUAUUUAUGAUGUCAACCCGACAGUCGCUAGUUAUGAUGUCACCCCAACAGUCGCUAGUUAUGAUGUCAACCCGACCUUUGCUAGUUAUGCAACUCCUUAUUAA